AUGGACGACGAUUUUGGUUUCGAUUCGGCCGAUGAGGCCGACCUGCUCGCAGUUGUUGACAACGUCACUCCUGCCAAUAAGCGGACGAAACAUGACCGGAGCGAACUGGAUGAGCCCGUAUCAAAACGCCAAAAGGCUUCUAGUCAGGCCGAUCUAGCAGAGCGAGUGCUGCAGGAGCGAUUCGGACUCAAAAGUUUUAGGUUGGAACAGAAAGCAGCGAUCAACCGACUUCUCAAUGGCGACAGUGCCGUUGUCGUUUUCCCCACCGGUGGAGGCAAAAGCUUGUGCUAUCAGGUCAGAUUCCGGAAUCAAGCGCUUAAUGUUCCCGCGGUCGCUAUAAAAGAACUUGACCGAGAGACUGGUUCCCGCAGCGUAGAGGAUGGUGGCGUUUCGGUCGUCAUCUCGCCCCUUAUUGCGUUGAUGAAGGACCAAGUUGACGCUCUACGCCGACGAGGAGUUGCUGCUGCUGUUCUGGAUUCGACACAAAGCCGGGAGGAGUUUGUCGAUAUUCACAGCAAGCUGGCAAAUGGCAAGCUGGAUCUCCUCUACUGCGCACCAGAGAGGUUGAACAACGAGGGAUUCCUUGCAUCUCUCCAAUCAAUUCGUGGUGGCAUCCGUUUGUUGGCUAUUGACGAAGCGCACUGCAUUUCAGAAGUACGAGACGACUUGAUAUCGCCCUUAUAUGAUAGUGGGGGCAUUCAUUUCGGCCAGACUACCUCAAGAGUCAGUAUGUCAUACCCCAUACUAUCUUUUCUGCUAACCAAUCAUUCAGUUGCCCGAUUCGCGAAAGAAGCCAACGUCGAGAGAAUCGUGUGCCUCACAGCAACCGCCACUGCUACCGUUGCUCAAGACAUUCGAGCUACAUUCAACAUCCCUCCCGAGGGCCUCUUCAUCACCAGCAUGUACCGCCCUAAGUUAGUUCACCAGCUUGUCACGAUUUCCAAGCUUUCAAUUCUGCGCCUUAUUGUUGAGCCCAUUAGCUCAGAUGAUGACCAAGUCGAGAUGUGUUCUCGCUUCUUAAAAAAGAACCCUGGGCCAGCGAUCAUCUACGUUACCACACAUGCGGGCACCGAAACCCUUGCUGGCAAUCUGGCCAAGAAAAACUUCAACGCGCGGCCGUACCACGCAGGACUUGAUAAGGACACUCGAUCAGACAUCCAGGACAAAUUCUUGCGGAGUGACAACAUGAUUAUUGUAGGCACUAUUGCUUUCGGCAUGGGCAUUGACAAGGAAAAUGUGCGAACUAUCAUCCAUUUCGAUCUUCCUAGCAGUAUCGAGGCUUACAGCCAGCAAAUCGGAAGAGCUGGACGUGACGGCAAGACAAGCACAUGCUUGUUGUAUCUAUCUAACAAGGACUUUUUUCUGAGGAACAUAAUGAUUCAUGGAGAGCGGCCAUCAAAAUUGGCAUUGCGCGCCCUUUUCGACGAAAUUUGCAGCACCGAGAACUGUCAAAUGAGAGCUGGCGAUACCUUCUCCGUGGCUAUUACCUCCCAGUCAAGACGCGUGGAUAUUAGGGAAACUCAACUUUCCAUCAUCUACGCUUACCUUGAAUUGAAGUUUGGUCUUCUUCGGGCUAGUACCCCACAGUACUCCGAGUACAAGUACCAAGUGCUGCAAGGUCAGGCACUGGCCGCCGACUCGUCACCCGCGGCCAAAUUCAUCCAGAGACACGCUGGAAAAGCCCAGCUGUGGACCCAUAUUGACGUUGACGUUCCUGCUGACAGUGGAGGCGUGACUCGGGCUGAUGUUACUCGGAAGUUGGACUCGUGGGCCGAGUCUGGCAUCAUCAAGCUUGAUAAGAAGGGCGUUCAAAAGGUUUUUCGUCUGAACAAGCCCUUACCCAGCAAGAAUAGUGAGAUUGACAUCAUCAUCAACGAUAUUGACACGGAAAUCAUGAAGAAGGAGAAACAAGACUUGCAGCGAGUGCAGGAUCUUGUUGACCUCCUGACAGGAACAACCUGUCUCACUCGUGGCCUUGCGUCUUACUUUGCUGACACUACCCACGCGUCGGUCAAAGAAUGUGGCCACUGCACUUGGUGCGAGACUCAUAAUCAAGUCAAACUACCAGAUUUUAUACCUCAAGCUUUAGACGAGCAGACCAUGAAGAAAAUUCUGGGUGUCUGCAAAGCGGCGUGUGCAAAGGAGGCAAGCAAGGCCGACGACCUAGCAGCCACCGCUUCGAAGGCAAAGUCGGCAGACAAAGCGAAGACUGCGACUGCCCAGGCAAGACAAGCUCUUGCUAACAGCACGGCGAAAAAUGAUGCCCGCUUCAUGGCUUGCGUGGCCUUUGGUAUCAAGACACCUCGUAUCGGGAGCAUGAGUCUACAUAAUAACAAGGCCGUGUUCGAGACAAUGAGCAAUUGCAAUUUCAAUGAGCUCGUUGCUACGUUUGAGAAACUGAUGAAGUGGUGA